AUGAGCAACAACGUCACCAGUGGAAGCUCCUAUGGAAGUAUGAAUGGUCGUCAUCCUCAACCCGAUGGACGACACGUCCUGAUUGUGUCUCCCAAGCAGACCCGACACUACUGCACUACCGGUACUACUAGUGCUAGUAAUACGGACCAUCACGACUUGCGCAGUGACACGGAAAGCGAAGCCGAGCGACAAGAUGCGUGUCGAGGAAUGAGCAUAAUUGCACUACUGCUAUUUGCCAUUUUGAUUUCCUUGCGCUACGCCACCAAAAAUUGGUUUUUUCCCACGCCACACAUUCCAUCAUCACCCACAAUACCCACAACCGACGAAGCAUGCCCAGAAACCAUUCCCUUUUGUCACCCACCUCCUCAUACACAACUCCAAGUCGCACGCCACACACCAGGAAUUCCGUCCUUUUGGAACUAUGCACCGCAAGGUCCCAUUUCCGUCACAUACGAUGGCCGCUCGCUCUUGCUCAAUGGCCAACGGGCUUUGUUUCUCGCUGGCAGUUUGCAUCCCGGUCGUGCCACACCCGCCACGUGGGAUCAUGCCCUCGAUUUGGCCGUCCAACAAGGACUCAAUAUGAUUACCAUUUAUGUCUUUUGGCAACAGCAUCAACCACUUGCGACGUCGGAGAUCGAUUGGACAUUGAUGAAAACCCAAGACAACCAACCUUGGACAUUGGCAGAUGCCAUUCGAGCGGCAGCUCGUCGAGGAUUGUUUGUCCAUGCCCGAAUUGGUCCGUAUGUUUGUGCCGAAUACAAUUUUGGGGGCAUUCCCGAAUGGGUUCCCCUCCACUCGCCCGACAUGGCAAUGCGACGAUACAAUCAACCCUGGAUGACCGUCAUGGAAGAGUACGUGACCGCUACCGUGGCGUAUUUGACGGAUCACCAACUAUUUGCUCAUCAGGGGGGCAACAUUGUCCUGGCACAAAUUGAAAAUGAAUUGGGCGAAGACAAAACCGAAGAAGAACGGCAGAGUGAUCAACAACCCAUGAUUCUGGACAAUGAUGGAACGCAACAGCGACUACUGGAAACAACGAUCAACCAUUCCGUACAAGACUAUGCCGAUUGGUGUGGUGCACUCGUCCAACGAUUGGCACCCGAUGUGGUAUGGACCAUGUGCUACGGAUUGGCUGCCAACAAUACCAUUCUCACGUGCAAUGGAGAUUGCCCCAAAUGGCUCGAACAGCAUGGGCAAAAGCAAGGAGGGAACAUUCAAGUAGAUCAACCAGCCAUGUGGACCGAAGACGAAGGAGGAUUUCAAAUCUGGGGUGACGACCCCAAGAAUGUCAGUGAUUACUUUUGGGGUCGGACCGCACGAAAUAUGGCCAGGGACGCCGUCAAAUGGUUUGCCAGAGGGGGCACACACAUUAAUUACUACAUGUGGUGGGGUGGAUACAAUCGAGGACGGGCCAGUGCGGCUGGAAUCAUGAAUGCCUAUGCCACCGAUGCACCCGUCUGCACGUCGGGACAACCCCGUUAUCCCAAAUAUCAACAUUUUCAAGCACUGCAUCACGCCAUUCAACAGAUUGCACCCAUUCUGCUGGCAGCACCCACGGCACUUGAUCAUGGCGCGGCCGUACAACGGUGGAAUGACUUCAAGAGUGAAUGGGAAUGGAGUGAUCCAGAAAAACAAGCCAUGUAUGUUUAUCGCACCAAUCAUACUCGAGCCGACAAUCAAGAGGAUCAGGAAGUCGUCUUUGUCGAAAACAACUCUGGAGCAUCCGUGGUAGUUAGGCUGACAUUGUUGUCUGGGGACACCAUGAUGACAAAAGCAACAACAUCAAUCAACAGCAAGAACGAGACACUGAUUAUUGAAAUGGAUCCAUGGUCUGCCAUGAUUAUCAUGGAUGGAGCCGUCAUUUUCGAUUCCUUUCAAAUCUCUGCCAAUGCCAUGGCAUACAAGAGAAAAACGGAACCUGGGCCAGUGCGUCUCCUAGGUUGGGCAUCCUGCGCCGAACCUAUCGGUGCCUUGUCGAGUAAACGAAUUGUCAGUACCGGACCUGUGGAGCAAACAGCAUUGAACAUGGAUGCGGACUUUUCCAGUGACUAUGCAUGGUAUCAGACGAGCUUCCACUUGAAGGAAUCUCUGGACGAAGUAUCCAUACUAGUGGAAUCUCAAAAGGGGAGUGCCAUGGUGCUCUUUCUAGAUGGAGUCUUUCAAGGCGAAGCGUACGAACGACAUCACGCCGAAGGCAACGCUACCUUUGAUUUUUUCAUUGGUUCUUUGGAGAGUGGUCAUCAUGACCUGGCAAUCUUAUCCGAGUCGCUGGGAUACAACAAUCUAAUUGGUCGUUGGGGAGGUGGCACUGGAGCAAAGGUGAAGGGCAUCACAGGAGACGUGACGCUAUCAUCCUCGCAAAACGGAAAUCAGAGUCUCAUUGGCGUGAACAAGGAAUGGAUCAGUUCUCCUACAUUGAAUGGAGGUGAGAAGGGCUUCUGCAAGGAUGUCAAGAAUGUCGGGGCGUCUUCAUCCUCCUCUGUUCGUCCUCUAUGGUCCACCGCCAUGUUCAACACGCCAGAGUACGACCCCAAAACGCAGGCACUUUAUGUCAACGUUACGCAAGGACGAGGGCAUUUGUGGCUCAAUGGCCACGACCUUGGUCGGUUUUGGAACAUCACUCGUGGCGACAGCAUUGACAAGUAUUCCCAGCAGUUCUACUUUUUGCCGUAUGACCUCCUGGAUAUGAAUGGAAGCGUCAACAAGCUCGUUUUCUUUGAUGCCCUGGGCAGCGAUCUAACCUCCACAAAGUUGGUCCUGAGCUGGCUUGAGGAGACCGAGCUACCGAACCUGCCAGAUGAAGUGGCCUACUCGGAAGCGUGCAUCUAA